CUGGGUCAAAGUACAAUGUGUAAUACUGGGAAGUUGAGUUUUCACCUUGGAUCGAGGUAUAUACGAUCGAGGUACGAACUAUCUCUGAAGGCAACUGAGGUCCUCGACGCACAGGAUCUCUACAUUCAUUCGGAAGAGAGUUUUGUACCAUUCGUGUGGGUGUUAGCUGGAGUGUGGAUAUGAGCGUGUGGGACACGUUCUCUGCCAGUUUCCAUCUAGUCCAGGAGAAACUGGAGCAAGUUCUCGAUGACUCUUCAGCCACUGCUCAAGAGGAGGAACAGCAGGAGCAGUCAGUGGAGAGUGUGGACUGGUGUGACAAGCCAACAGCCUCGCUCCCCCUCCCCACCCCCCGGCCACGGUGGCGAGGAGAAGAGGAGGGAGGAGGAGGAGGGUGGGGGAGGGAGAGGGGAGAGUUUGGAACAGGCAGCGGCUCUUGAGGCAGCCGAGCAGCAGAUGAUCCUCAUCCAUGAUGAGUACAAGAAGUUGCUGAGGGAGAAAGAGGAUGAGAUAGUUCAACUGAAGUCAGUGAUACAUCAGGAACACGGCACUGCUCAGCCAGAUGUGGAUGGACAGAUGACGCGUAAAGAUCUGGCAGUCCACAAGGAGAUGGUGGCCGAGCUACGACAGCAGUUGUCUGGGCUGCGGGAGCAGUUGACCGACAAAGAGAAGGAACUUAAGGAGCUCAACGGCAGGGCAGAGGGGAAGUUCAGCCGCCUCAAGACCCAGGCCAAGACCAAGAUAAGGGAGCUGACUGCUCAGCUAGAGAGAAUGAGGGAAGAGCAGGGAGCCAGUCCACAACUGAACCUCUCUGCUACUCAGGUAUUGGACAGCUCAUUGCUUUCUACUGGAGGAGAGGAGGACAGUGGUGCCUCAGAACAGCUGCAGGCACUACAGACACAACUGACACAUACACAGAGGGAGUUGGAGGAGAGAAAGAGGGAGGAGGAAGAGAGAAAGAGGGAGCUGGAGGAGAGAAAGAAGGAGUUGGAGGAGAGAAAGGAGGAGGAGGAGGAGAGAAAGAAGGAGGAGGAGGAGAGAAAGGAGGAGCUGGAGGAGAGAAAGGAGGAUGAGGAGGAGAGAAGAAAGGAGCUGGAGCGAGUGAGAGAGGAGAAGAAAUCGCUGCAGCAACAAGUGGACUCUCUCCGAGAUAAACUCAAUGUGUCUGAGGUGUGUGUGGGCAAGGAGAGAGAGGAGAGAGUGAGGCUGGAGCUGAAGGCGACUGAACUGGAGGAAGAGUUGGAGACCCAGGCCAGUCACAUCUCCUCCGUCAAGCAGGCGGCCACUCAGUUGCAGAAGAGUCUAACAGAGGAGCAGGAGCACAGCCACAGUCUACAGCUCCAGUUGGACCAGAUCCAGUCGUCAACAACAUCACCUCCAUCUGCUACCAAUGUCACUCCUGGAUCACAGGAUGAUAUGGUGGGUAGUGAUGGAGUACCGUCCAAGCCACCAGUCUCACCAGGUCCUCCCGAUAAAGAUGAUGACCAUCCCUCAACUUUCACUCCUGUCAUGGCUUCAGGAGACAGGGGUUCCCUGGUGGACAUGGAGCAGGAGAUAUCUCGACUGGAGACUGCUCUAAAACAAAAGGACGAGCAGCUGUCUAGUUUCAAGACCAUCCUGGAGCAAACCCAGGCAGCCCUAGACGAUGCCAGGGAACGCGGCCGCAAUCUCGCUGGUAAUCUCGAGAAUCUCUCCUCAGAGCAAUCAUUGCUGACUCAGCGAGUCGAGGCUCUUUCCCUUGAGCUGACCGAGUCAGCAGGCUGCGCUGGAGACGAGCAGAGAGAGUGA